AAAACCCCGGAAGGGUGUUUUAGUCAAUUGAGGAGAGUCAUCAUCUACCGACUUACGAAACCAAUUUCUGAUAGGAAGGAGAGAGGGAGAGAGGGAGUUUCUAUCUCUGGUCUGGUGUUUUUGGCUGCUGCGUGAGAAAAAUCGACAGAAAAUAAUGGUCUGCGAGAAGUGUGAGAAGAAGCUGUCGAAGGUGAUUGUACCCGACAAAUGGAAAGAAGGUGCCAGCAACACCACCGAAGGCGGUGGCCGCAAGAUCAACGAGAACAAGCUCCUCUCCAAGAAACAGAGAUGGACGCCUUACGGAACAACCAAGUGCAUUAUCUGCAAGCAGCAAGUACAUCAAGAUGGCAAGUAUUGCCACACCUGUGCUUACAGUAAAGGAGUAUGUGCAAUGUGCGGAAAACAAGUACUUGACACCAAGUUCUACAAACAAAGCAAUGUAUGAUGGAAACAAGCUGUUGGCUACCUAUUUGUUCUUUCAUCUGCUAAUGUCUUGACCAGUUCCCUUACAUUCUCUGGUCUCUAUCUUUCACUAUGACACUCGUAUUAAAACUUUUGUUCUGUAUGUGUAUGCCUGGUCGGCUGUUUGGGUAUAUAUUGUGAUCAUUGGGAAUGCAGUAGUCAUAGCUAUUCGUAGCUUUUGUUUGAUCAUGUUUUUAAUGAAAGAUAUAUAAUUCACCAUUGCAAUUUCUCUUGUGCU